AUGACCGCCGCCCACUGCGUUCGCAGAUCAUCGCCGGAGCAACUCAAUCUACAGUAUGGCAGCCAAAUCCUGGCUCGCAACUCCAGUCAACUGGUCCACAUUGCAGCGAUAUUUGUCCAUCCAGGCUACGAGCCGGAGAACAAGUACAUUAACGACAUCGCCUUGCUGCAGCUGGCGCAGCCUGUUACACUCAGCAAAUUUGUCCAACCGGUGCGUCUGCCGGAGCCUGGACAAGUCACGCCUGGAAACUCCAGUUCUGUCCUCGCGGGCUGGGGAUUGAAUGCGACGGGCGGCGUUGUUCAGCAGCAAUUGCAGAAGGUCCGAUUGCAGGUGUUUAGUGAUGAGGAAUGCAGCGAACGACAUCAAACCCAACUACACGACAGCCAGAUCUGUGCGGGUUUGCCCGAAGGCGGAAAGGGACAAUGCAGCGGUGACUCUGGUGGACCGUUGCUACUUAAUGGAUCGGACACCCAGGUUGGAAUUGUUUCCUGGAGCAUUAAGCCCUGCGCUCGGCCACCGUUUCCAGGCGUUUUUACCGAGGUGUCGGCUUAUGUGGAUUGGAUCGUGGACACAGUAGGCAGCUCCUCGGCUUCGUCUUCACUUUGGGUAGGCGAUCUGAUCGUGGGACGUUCGCCACCUGGACUGACCAGCUAA